CAAAGAGAUCGAUCGAUCCAACGAUGGCUGUUUAUUACGAUCAGCAAGCGGAGGCAUACUUGAACACAAGGCCAACGUAUCCCAGCGAUUGGUACUCAAAGCUUGCGUCUCUCACCCCUAAUCGAACCUUGGCUUGGGAUGCCGGCACCGGCAAUGGCCAAGCAGCAAUUGGGGUCGCUGAACACUAUGAAAAAGUGAUUGCAACUGAUGUGAGUGAAGGCCAAAUAAAGCAUGCAAUACCACAUCCAAAGGUUCGUUAUGUUCAUACCCCACUCUCCAUGUCUGAGGAUGAAUUAGUAUCACUAAUUGGAGGUGAAGGGUCAGUUGAUCUGGUCACUGUGGCUGUAGCUGUGCAUUGGUUCGAUUUACCAAGCUUUUAUUCUCUUGUUAAUCGCGUGUUAAGAAAACCCGAAGGUAUAAUCGCUGUUUGGGGUUACAAGAACUUCACCGUAGAUCCGGUUUUUGAUUCAGUCAUGAAGCAUUUCAUUGAGACUGCUAGUCCUUUCUACAAUCCAAACAUUCGUUACAUAAAUGAUUCUUAUCGCACGCUUCCUUUUCCAUUCGAGAGUGUCGGUAUCGGAUCAGAAGGUAAUGCAUUGAUUUUUGACUUAACUCAAGAGUUGUCAUUUGAUGAAGCAUUGAAGGAGUUGAGCUCAUGGUCUGUAGUCUCUAUAGCUAAAGAACAAGGGGUUGAUUUGUUAUUUGAAGGUAUAGUUAAAGAGCUUAAGAGUGCAUGGGGUGAUCAGUCUAAUUUGAUAAAGACAGUGAACCGCAAGGCUUUUAUGAUUGCAGGAAAACCAAGGAUUUAAGCCCAUUUAGCCCACUACUCCUACUUGAAUGUCAUA